AUGUCUUUUCAGAAAGAUGUCCUUAGAACCACAGGGAAAGUGAUGGUGACUACCAUCUUUCUUUUAAAGAUUGGUGUUGGGACUCUGGCCAAUGCCAUUCUCUUCUUCCAUAAUGUCUCUCCAAUCUUACUUGGCCACAGGCAGAGGACCACAUACAUGAUUCUCGCCCACAUGUGUUUGGCCAAUCUCUUGGUUCUUCUCUCCACUGGAAUUCCCCACACAAUAGCAGCUUUUGUUUUGAAGAAUCCCUUGUCCAGUCUUGGGUGUAAAUUUGCAAAUUAUAUACACAGAGUCGCUCACAGCACCACGCUGUGCUCCACCUGUGUCCUGAGCACCUAUCAGUUCCUUACUCUCACCUCUGGGAGAGUAGAGUGGAUGAUGCUCAGAAGAAGAGCCUCAAAAAUCGUUGGUCCUUCCUGUUGCAUCUGCUGGAUGUUCAGUUUCUUAAUGAAUAUCUAUAUUCCCGUGAAAGUCACUGGUCCACAGGACACCCAAAAUGAUACUGACUCCCAAGGAAAGUGGUUCUGUUCAUCCUCAGGUUCCAGCGCAUUCAUUGUCAUCUUGUGGUCCAUCUCUGAUGCCAUGUUUAUUGGCCUCAUGGGCUGGUCCAGUGGCUCCAUGGUGCUUCUCCUGCACAGACACCACCAAAGAGUGCAGCAUGUUCACACCAUCAAAGGCUACCACAAAUGUCCCCCAGAGAACAGAGCUGCCCACACCAUCCUGAUGCUGGUGGUCACUUUUGUCACCUUCUACAUGCUGAAUUCCAUUUUUAUUUUUUACAUAACUGCCUUUUUAGAUACUUGUCUAUGGUUGAUGCAGAUCGCUCACAUUUUGGCUUUAUGUUUCCCCACUGUUAGUCCCUUACUGCUGAUCCUCAGGGAUUCUAGAGCUCCUAGGUUCUACUCUUAA